AUGGCUGCAACACAAAUACUAGACCGCCCAACUCCUGCUUGUUUAGAAGAAUUGAGCAAAGCAAUGUCCAUAAGGAGACAUUGCAAUGGCUAUGGACAAUCAGAAUCAUAUCCAGUAGUAAUGUCCUCAAUUAGCCGGGCUUCAGCUCCCAUCCAGGUACCAUUGAGUAGUUCGACUAGCAUCAACAGAUCCCAGAAUACACAUCCUAAAAAGCUCGAACAAUCUUCAAAAUACAAAUCCAAAUCACUUCCAGUCAAUUCUACAAAUUGGGUGAAACUUGUCCAAGAUACAUCCUCUGAAAUCUUAAACAAUGAUAUCAAUACAGUUGCUAGAGAAACAACAGCAGAUAUUCAUAACGUGAAAAUGAAGACGCAGAACGGAAUAUCAGGUUUUCCCCGAUGUCAUACUAUAAACUCAGAAACUUAUAGGGAGAAUCAGUCAAUAAAAGGCAGAUACGGCCAUCUUGGGAAGCCACUUUCCUCAUAUACCAACUUUAUUCAAGAUGAUAAGCCUCUGCCCAAGUGCUCCUUAAGAAACGUAAGAUCAAAAAGAAACUUUAUCCAUGGGACAAGUGAUCCCUCCAUAGACUUCCUCCAUAGACUGUCGCCAAAUGAAGUUGGUUUGCCAUACUCGUGUACUAGUUCUGAAGCUUUGUCUAGCGAUUUUGAAUUACAGCCUCUGGCAUAUGAUAUUGUAGAAGAAAGUUCCUCGAGACAAAGUCCAUUGGCUGCAGAACUAAUGAAUGGCCUAAAUGCUCACAAGCCUCCUUAUGAUCCCUUAUUUGCAGAUAAUCCUGUAGCAGGAUCUUCUAUUCGCCAAGGUGUCAUAUUGCAACAAAGUUCUCGUUUUCUACCUAUGAUUGACUACUUUCAAGAAUUCAUGGAAGAGCGGCUCAUAAGAUGGAGACCCAGUGAAUCUCAGUUUGAUAACGAGGCAUCGAUGAAUGGUAGGCACCCGUUUCAGCAGCUAACUGAUAUACCUUCAAAAUCAGACUCGUCUAAACGAAUAUUUACUUCAUUACGGAAUUGGUUUAUCAGUGAAAAAGCGUUAACAAAUGAUCUCGAGAACAACAUAUCUGGUAUUAAGGGAUCCUCUGGGCCAAACUGUUGUGCUGAUUUAUCUUCUUCAAGAUCAUUUUCUAAACAAACUGCGAAAAAUUCAAAAAAAGUUCCAAAAUACGGUGAUUUCGCAGCCUACUUGAACAAUUUUAACUUGAAACCAAAUAGUUCUAAUUCAAUGCUUUCAGUUGCUCAUCCCUCUCCAGCGCUAUCACAUAACGCAAGUCCAGACAACGUAGCCAUUACGCUAACCGAGGAACCUGCCAUGAUCCAAGAGCUUCAAUAUACUCCCCGAGCGUUGCCAUUGAAAGACUUUGAAUUAAAUUAUGAAAGAAAGAACAUGGAACAAUCAUCAGAAAGACAAGACCAAAAUGGUAAUGAAAUAAUCAAUUCCAUGGACGAGGAAAUUCGAGAUCUAAUAGACGGUGUAGAUAAUUUCUUGAGUGAUUGCAUUUCAAAUAUAUGGACAUGUCUCCAAGAGACUAGUAGAUGUUGCUUUGGUUGCUAUUGA